UUUAUUAAUUUUAUGUUAGCUUUGCUUGAGACAGUGAAUUUUGAGAAGAAAAAUUAUUUGCAAAAAAUCCGUUCCUAAAUCAUGGUUGUUCCCUCAACAACAUCUCGGGACCAAGUCCUUGAACUCAUCAAACAAAAAGAAUCUAUCGAGCACAAAAUCAGCGAGCAGGGAAAGAUUCUGGAGGCUAACCGCGUCGGAAUGACCGACUCGCUGGUGGACGCAGCCGGAUUUCCGCGCAACGACAUCGACGUCUACCAGGUGCGCGGCGCACGACACCAGAUCAUUUGCCUCCAAAAUGACCUGAAAUCGCUGAUGAAGCUCAUCGAGCAAGGGCUGCACACGGUUCACGCGGAAACGGCCGCCCAGCAGCAGGAAAACCUGGCCUCCACCAAGCUGCAGGCCAUGGACAUUGACAGCGCCGGUGGAAGCCAGCGUCGUCCGGCAGCGCCCGUUAAACCGAUCGCCAAGGUGAACGUGGUCAGCGAAGGGUCGCCGGCGCAGGACGCGGGAAUUGCGUUGCGCGAUGAAAUCGUCGAGUUUGGAACGGUCAAUGCGGGCAACUUCCGCGAUUUGUCGCAGAUCGCGGUGGUGGUGAAGAGCUGCGAGAACAAGUCGGUUCCGGUGCGGGUUCGCCGGGAUGGGAAGAUGGUCGAUUUGGUGCUGACGCCCAAGACGUGGUCCGGUCGGGGAUUGUUGGGCUGUAACAUCGUGCCGAUGGACUCGAUUGAGCGUUGAGGUGUUGUUUUGUGUUUGAAUUUCAGCUUUAUUUGUUCUGCUUUUGAGAUGGUCACAUCUUGUUUUGGGUUAAUAAAAACAUGAGCAAAUUAAAUGGUUUCUUCUAAAGCAAGUAAA